UGUUUUUCGAAGCGCUUUCCCGUCGAGCAGCGCGUGUCCCCUCUGACUGCCCGUAACAUGUGUGUCGUGUUGUGUUGAGGCUGCAGUAAACACUGAGAGCUCUGUUUUUAACACGAAAGCUGAUCCUGCAGUGCAGUAAGUUCAGAAAUACGCCCGACGAGGGAAACCGCGCCGCUUUAAUGGCGGGACUGUAAGAUCAAGAGCUUAUUUACACACUCAACAAACACACACUGAGAUCAAAUCGCAUACAGCGUACAUCUCCGUGCAGCGGAGUGUCCAGAAUCAAUCCGGACAGUGUGUGUGGACAUGAUCGGCCGCCUCUGUGUGAAGCUGUGUGUCCGAGCUCACAGACACUGCUGUGUGAGUCUACAGCAAGCUACAGCGAACACCAUGGACAAGAUCAACAAUAACUCCGUGUCCACACGACAACAACACAGCACUACACAACAGACGAACACUACCGAGGCAGUCAAGAAGGUCAAAAAAGCAAAGAAAGAGCCAAAGAGAGCGGCAGGCAAGAAGAAGCAGCAGAAGGAGGCAGAAAGCGCCUGCAGCCUGAUGACCGAGCUUCCCUUCGCGAGCACCGAGGUCUGGAAGGAGCUGGGCUUCUCCAGAGGCGAGUCGAGUGUGAAGAAGAAGCGUAAGAGAGGAGACAGCGCUCGAGUGGAGAGUGAGGAAGAUGGUGAGAAGAAGAAGAAGAAGGACACGGCUCGCCCAAACUACUUUGUCUCGGUGCCCAUCACAAACCCAGAGAUCAAGCAGGGGGUGCAGGACGUGCAGAAGCUGCUGCUGGAGAAGGACUGUCGUCUGUCCCGAGCGCUGAUACCUGUGGACACUCUACACAUCACUCUACUGGUGACACACCUGAGCACACAGGAGCAGCUGGAUCUCGCUGCGUCUACACUCUCAGAGCUGGAGUCUCCUCUGAACGCUCUGCUGGGGGGCCGGAGGCUGGUCCUGCCCUUCGCUGGAAUCGGACACUUUAAACAGGAAGUGGCUUUCGUUCAGAUCGCGGACGGAGAGCAUCUGAGCACACUCACGCUCAUGGCAGAGAGCGUCAGGAAGGCGUUUGAGGAGCGGGGCAUCGCGUCUGGAGAUGACAAAGCAUUCAAACCUCAUCUGACGUUUCUCAAGCUCUCUCGAGCACCUAAACUACGCAGACAGGGUGUUAAGAAGCUGGAUCCGGCGCUGUUCUCUGAGUUCGAGGGCCGUGUGUUUGGAGACGAAUGUGUGUGUAGAGUGGACCUGUGCUCCAUGCUGAAGAAGAAGAGCGCAGAUGGAUACUACCACCGAGAGACAAGCGUCAGCCUCAGUGUUAAGAAAGCCCCGGAGGAUGAGGAGUUAGUGAGUCUGAGUAAGCGGCUGGUGGAAGAUGCCGUGUUGCGGGCCGUGCAGCAGUACAUGGAGGAAACUCAGCAGAACGGCACCAGGCCGAAAGACGAGGGGCCGCCGGGGGCCGCCAGCAAACUCAGCAAGACCAAAUGACCGCGUGAGCCCUGAGCCGACCGAGCGGAGAGCCGCAACGCCUCCAGCGCAGCAGAGAGCCGUUUGAGUUGAGCUGAAGCAGAGACUGAAGACGCACACAGCACUCAAACUGAACUUUAUUUUCCUGCCUUUCCCCGUCCUGCAUCACUCCUGUCUGUUUGACUUUAUUUGUGACGGAUCCUUCAGAGAACAAGCACACACACACACACACACACACGCUGCUGUAGUGUCCGGAGGCCGUUUCCGUCUGUCAGUGUUGCUUUGGCGUCUUCAAGUCUGACAAUCACAGUGAACUGCUCAGAUUGACUGCUCAUGACCUGCAGGCCUGAAGCCCGAUCCAUGAACUCUGAGAGUGUGUUGAACAUGCCGAGAGCGAUGCGUUCGUCUGUGUGUAACCCUGCAUGUGUGUUUCACUGUCAGAUGAUGUGUUUGUGUUUGUGCCGUAGGCUGUGCGUUUGCUCAGAGCAGAAUGGAUUGGGAAAGAGCGCGCAGGCGGACGCAGGUAGAGGCCGUAAAGACACUGUUAGCACAGGAACACAUUCGAGCUAAGAUCCGACAGGAGCUGGACUCGGCCGUCAGAGGAAGUCCACACUGAAGCUCAUGGACACACACAACCAUCUCAAAGUAAACGCACUCAACACACAGACCUUCACUGAUGCACACACACAGAAAAGCCACACACACAUCAGUCCACAGCGUUCUUACUGAAGCGAGGCCGGCCCGAAGGAAGCUUAUUAUAUGAUUUUUUUGGAGGAAUUAAAAUGUAUAUGAGCUGAUUUGAUUUGUCAGUAAUGCUUCAGAUAAGCACCCAGUGGCCUUAGAGAAAUCACACCUUCUGAUAUUGCUGAAGAACAUGCCGUUUGAGUUUUGUUUUUGCGUGUUUUCACCAGAACCUUAAAAUGUGUCUUUUAUGCUCCCUGUUCUGAAGUUUCUUGAGUUUGCCCGUUCUGAUGAAGUGUUGAUGUCCGCUCCAUUCAUGUAAACAGUGCUAUGAUGUCAUCGUUCAAGGUUCUGUCACUUUUUUACUCUUGAAAAUAAAGGAGGAGAUGACAGCG